CGGCCGUUGAGCUGAUUGUCCGCUCGGAGCGCGGCCGCCGCCAGUGAGUGUCCCGCCGGCUCCUGGCUUUGCUUCAGCCCCGCUCCGUCACACAGCGGGUGGUGGUGGUGGUGUGGAGAUGGCGGGCGCUGGUUCGAGCCCGGGCCCCGGCCCCGGCCCAGGUCCCGCGCUGUGGUAUCACCGGGACCUGAGCCGAGCGGCGGCCGAGGAGCUGCUGGCCCGAGCGGGCAGGGACGGCAGCUUCUUGGUGCGAGACAGCGAGAGUGUGAGCGGGGCCUAUGCCCUGUGUGUCCUGUAUCAGAAGCAUGUACAUACUUACAGGAUCUUACCCGAUGAAGAUGAUUUUCUGGCAGUACAGACUUCUCAAGGCGUGCAGGUGAGACGCUUCAAAACACUGACUGAACUUAUCACGUCCUACCUCCAGCCAAACCAGGGCCUGGUCAGUACACUGCUGUAUCCUGUAGAGAGGGAGGACAAGAAGGAGACAGCCGAGGACAAGGACUACUCAGAUGGUGAAGAUGAGAAGCCACCUUUACCCCCUCGCUCUGCUUCUACCAGUUUCAGUGGCAGUGCUGGCACUUGCCUUAGUCCGGUCGCGCAAGAUGGAGCAGCAGACAGUGCAACCAAUGGGAUGACUACCAUGUCUCACGAAUAUUUGAAAGCGAGCUAUGUCUUGGACCUGGAGGCUGUGAAAGCAGGUGCUACCAGCCUCCCACACCUCAACAAAGCAUUAGUGACGUCCUGCAAGAGGCUGAACAGUGAAGUUGAUAAAGUCCUGGCUGGCCUGGAAAUAUUAUCCAAGAUAUUUGACCAACAAAGUUCUCCAUUACUGACGCGGCUUAUCCAGCAGGCCAGCAGUCAGGGUGGCGAUCAGGAGUUGGAAAAUCUAGUUGUGAAGCUUUCUGUCCUGAAGGACCUCCUGUCGUCUAUGGAGCGCAAGGCAUUGAAAGCACUACAGGAGAUGAGUUCCUGCCCCAGCUUCACAUCGCAGUCUUCGAUGUUUUCUCACACAGCACCUCGCAAGGCGAAGAGUAUUCCAGUGCAAGCAUUUGAGGUGAAACUGGAUGUGAACCUGACUGAUUUAACAAAGAUUGGUAAAUCACAGAAAUAUUUACUCAGUGUGGAUGUGGAGGGAGGAAAGCUGGUGGUGCAGAAGAAAUCCAAGGAUCCACAGGAAGACUGGAAUACAUUUACACAUGAUAAGAUUCGGCAGUUGAUAAAAUCACAGCGCGUCCACAGCAAACUGGGAAUAGUAUUCGAGAAAGAGAAGGAUAAAACACAGAGAAAGGAUUUCAUCUUCGAAACUACAAGGAAACGAGAGGCAUUUUGCCAACUCUUACAACUUAUGAAGAACAAACAUUCCAAGCAGGAUGAGCCAGACAUGAUCUCUAUCUUCAUUGGCACCUGGAACAUGGGAAGUGCACCCCCUCCAAAAAUUUUGGCUUCCUGGCUGAUAUCCAAGGGACUUGGGAAAACUCUGGAUGAAACAACAGUCACUAUUCCACAUGACAUCUAUGUUAUCGGAACUCAGGAAAACUCUGUCGCAGACAAGGAGUGGGUGGACUUUGUACGGGCCAGUUUGAAAGACUGCACUGACUUGGACUUUAAACCGAUUGCAAUGCAGACACUUUGGAACAUUAAAAUUGUAGUCCUGGUUAAGCCGGAACAUGAGAACCGGAUCAGCCACAUCAGUACCUCAAGUGUGAAAACUGGAAUAGCCAAUACAUUGGGCAAUAAAGGAGCUGUUGGUGUUUCGUUUAUGUUUAAUGGAACAUCAUUUGGAUUUGUUAACUGUCACUUGACGUCUGGUAAUGAGAAAACUGCAAGACGAAAUCAGAAUUACCUGGAUAUCCUGCGGUUGCUUUCUCUCGGUGACAAGCAGUUGAGCUCCUUUGACAUCUCGUUACGAUUCACUCAUCUGUUUUGGUUUGGAGACCUCAAUUAUCGUCUGGACAUGGAGCUGCAGGACAUACUCAACUACAUUAACAGGAAAGAGUUUGAGCCGCUUCAUAAAGUUGACCAGCUGAACUUGGAGAAGGAGAAAAACAAAAUAUUUCUUCGAUUUUAUGAAGAGGAGAUCACAUUCCCUCCGACAUAUCGAUAUGAGCGAGGAUCCCGGGACGUAUACGUUUGUCACAAACAGAAGACUACUGGGGUCCGCACAAAUGUUCCAUCGUGGUGUGACAGAAUUUUGUGGAAAUCAUACCCCGAGACCCACAUCAUUUGUAAUUCAUAUGGCUGCACAGACGAUAUUGUGACAAGUGACCACUCGCCUGCCUUUGGCACUUUUGAAGUUGGUGUGACAUCACAGUUUGUAUCCAAAAAGGGUCUAUCCAAAACAUCUGACCAGGCUUACAUUGAUUUUGAGAAUAUAGAAGCCAUUGUGAAAACUGCGAGCAGGACUAAGUUCUUCAUUGAGUUCUACUCUACCUGUCUGGAAGAAUUCAAGAAAAGUUCAGAAAAUGAUACACAAAGCUGUGACAACAUCAACUUUCUGAAGGUUGGCUGGUCUUCAAGGCAACUCCCAACGCUGAAGCCAAUUCUGUCAGAUAUUGAAUAUCUUCAGGACCAGCACCUCCUCCUCACUGUCAAAUCGGUGGAUGGCUAUGAAUCCUAUGGGGAGUGCUGCAUUGCGCUGAAGUCAAUGAUUGGCAGUACUGCUCAACAAUUCCUGACAUCGUUAUCACACAGAGGAGAGGAGACUGGCAACAUUCGUGGAUCCAUGAAGGUUCGGGUCCCAGCAGAGAGGAUUGGAACUCGGGAGCGUCUUUAUGAAUGGAUUAGAGUCGACAAGGAUGAGACUGGAGCAACCAAAGGGAAGCCAGGAUGUCGAUUGAGCCAAGACUUCAAAGCAACCUCAAAGAAGCUGGCUUCUGCAGACAACGUGGGAAUUCAGCUUGGGAAACCACCAUGUGAAGAGGUGGAAAAACCCAGUUGUACUGCCAUGGGGCGUGCACCAAUUCCACUUCCUGGGGCAGCUGCUGACGACAGAUCAAAACAGCAAGAGAUUUACUCCGAUGCAGAUGCCCUGUGUUUGAAGAAUAGUUUCAACAAUCCAGCUUACUACAUCUUGGAGGGAGUGCCACAUCAGCAAGCUGCACUGCUGUCACCAGAGCACCAGGCUUCAGCCUUUCCCAAGAUAGGACAGAAAAGCAAAAACCAGGCAACACUCGGUUCACAAGAUAGGAAACGCAAUCAUUCGGGACGCCUUCCAUUAACCAGUGAGGAGGGAUCCCUAUCAGAUGAUGAGAAUUCGAACCAUAAUCGACCACCACCCGAUUACCCCCCUCCUCCUCUACCCAAGGCAGUGGAGUUGGAUAUGGUUGAUAAUCCUUUCUAUGCUUCCUCAAAGGAACUCCAGCGACCCAAAACAGGCUCAGCCAGGGAUGAACUGGACCCCAGGAACCCUGGUGCUAAGCACCGGACUCCCACUGAACCUUCAGAAGCCAAGGCCUCGCUUCCGCCAAAAGCACACCCUAAGCCGCAGCUGGUCUCCGGCACACCACACGUGGCCAGCCCCUUUCUGGCUGACCAAUGCAACACUCCCUACCAAGGCAUAGUCGAUGACCGAUCCUACUCUGCCCUUCAGAUGGCCAAGAGUCUCAGUGAGGUGGACUACCCAGCGGGCAAGAGUGAGCCUAUACCAAGAAAUCCUCCACUACCGGUGAAAGGCCAGCUUCCCCGAGGACUGCUCCCUGACUACAGCAGACCCACGUCUUUCCCUUCACGCUCCAUAAAGGAAAGCAUCGAAGAGGACAUGGCUGAAGAGUCAUCGUGUCAAGCGAGCAGCACCAGCUCCAGCCUGUCCCAUGACUCCAGUAUAGGUAACUGGUUACGUCGCCUAGGUUUGGAGAGGUAUGAAGAUGGGCUGAUCCAUAAUGGCUGGGAUGAUUUAGAGUUUCUGAGUGACAUAACCAAGGACGACUUGGAUGAGGCUGGAGUGACGGAUCCUGUUCACCAGAACAUUCUCCUGGAGAGUUUACAACAAGUUGGAAAAUAGUCUGUUGGGAUUUUGUUGUUUCCUUCAUUGUAAACAAAAAAAGUGCCUUAGGAAGACUUUUUCAAAAUGUUGAUAGACAGUAGCUCUGAAACUCGAGCAAUAUUGAAAAAAGGAAAAUAUAAACCCAACUGACCUGUCCAGAUGAGGAAGGUGCUUACUGUCCUUAGCAACAUUUGGAUGACAGAAUACAGAGGCUGCCACCUCUUCCUCACCCUUCUGUUCUUUCACUCCUGUCUCCACGCUGUUGAGUCUCUUCGUCCUUACAAGCAGUGCAGUGAGAUGCAUUUUGUUUCAUUCCAUGUGGAAGUAUUAAGUUAAAUCCGUUUCCAUCGUUUUCAUCACAGUAAAGAAAUGCAGUGGCAUGGAUCACUCAGAAACCAGCGGGUCCUGUUGAUAGGGCUUCUGUAGUUCUGGUUGAUUGAUGGGCAGUGCAGACUCCUUUCACUGUGCACUGUUUGCUUUGUUUUGAAGCACACCCUCUGGCUUAAAUUCCAUUGGGGUCACCUGCCCAGGAAAGGAGGGGGAAAUGUCAUCUUCAGGGAAUUGUCUUCAGAAAUUGUCUUCCUGUGCCUCAGAAAGCUCAUCAUUCCAUUCUGGGGUCAGGAGGGUGAGAUACUGCUGACCAUCCAUUGGUAUUGUAUCCAUGCUGGAAUUGAGGAAAGAAGGGUAAGGUGUGACAGUGUGUAUGCAGUAUGGAUAUCUGAGAAGUUAGGAUCUGAAUCCUAAGUGUUUCUGAAAACGGGACCAAUUUGUUCUGAUUCUAGUCAAAUGGAUCCCAUUCAAUAUUUUGCAGAGUGGUAGUGGGUGAGUGAAAGAGAGAGAGAAAGAGACUGGUCAAAGGGUGUAUGAGAAACUAAGUUAAGCAUGUGCAGCUGUUUCAGCUGUUUACUUUCAACACUAAAGGGAAAAUCAUCUCUGCCCUGCAGUGAGGACUGGUAGGAUGAAGUUCAGCUUCUACUCUGCCAGAGAUAGAAGGAAAUGUUCUUCUUCUUUUCAAAUUAUUUAUUUUCCCUUGUGAUUAUAUUCUCACCAUCCUGCAGAGGGAAUGAAGGAAAGCAGCAAUCUGUUCACGAGCUCAUAUUAAACAACCUGCAAGUGAUCACAUACACCUUCACACAGCAAGUAUCUUUGUGCAGCUGGUCAAAGGGGUUGCUAUAAACUGCUCCAGCAGUUUAUAGAAGCUCCAUCUCCUGUGACUAAAGCCAUAGUCUGGUGGGUGGGUGAGGAGGGAGGUAAAGAAGCCCAGGUCAGAUACGCUGGUUCCACUGGUGGGACUGGAUAUGUCUGUUGACUGGGUGAAGCAAGUUUGAAGGGUCUGAAUGGUGUUUGUGGAUUGUUCUUGAAGUUAAUUCCGUAAUAGUGUAGAAAUGACUCCUGUCUGUGCCACCACCACCACCAUCCCCAUUGCUGUGAGGUCAGUGGUGCAAAUCUGGGGAGUGACCACUCCCAGGAAUCUGUGUAAACCAGCUGCAGUCUCCAAACUCUGUGUAUUUCCUCUCAGACUGAGCCCAGCAGCGUUCCCUGCCCUGCAAGCUCCAGGUUUCUCCAGAAUGCUGGUAGGAAUCUGGAACUUGGCUAGAACUCAUUUGCAACCACUCCACGGUCUCGCAGCUGAGCUGUAGCUAAGGCAUCAUCUACAACUGCAAGUAGAGGGUAUGUUGUUUCUGGCCAUUGGGAUGAGUGAGCUUUCCCACAGGUAUUUCCUUGUACAUGUUUUGUUUGGUCUGCAUUUUCUUGAUGGACCUGAAACCUGGAACAGCUGGUUCUGUUUCAGUCUCCAGUUAUUUUUGCUUGCUGCAAGGUCCUAGUGUCCUGUCUAGACUCUAUACCGAUGUCAACCAAUCAAACAUCACCGCCUCCUUCAACAGGUAGUCUGCUCCACCUAUACCUCCAAACAUUCAGGCCUUAUUCCUAGACACCAAUCACCCAGUCUAGACUGGCUUCCUCAGUAUUAGUGUCGACAGUUCAACCUUUUGCAUAAGACACAAAGUACUGUCCGAGAGGUGCAAAAGAUCCCAUGGAAAUAAUAAAUGAUGAGCAAUUCAUGUCCUCGCCAGUAUUAACCAAAUCCUAAACUGGAUUCUGCUCGCCAUUUCCUCCUCAUUGUCUAUUGGACCUUGGAACACUGUUUCCAAUAUCAUAAUGACUGCACUUCCUGAUACCUCAUUGGCUAUAAGUACUUUGAGACACCCUGAAGUCACAAAAGGUUCUAUGGAAAUACAAGUCCUUGUUUCUUUCCACCUCAUUCCCUUGCUCUCACUGCCUCUCACCCAUCUCUCACACUUAUGGACAUUGCCAGAUUAACUUAACUGCCAUUAGUGACUUAAAAGGUUAAACAUCAAAUUCAAUAGAAUAACGGAAAGAAAAUUUGCACUCGCUUUUGUUUUUAAGUGUGAUUUGCCUUAACAUUGCUAUUCAACAUUGAUUAAGGAUUGAUUAGGUGAUUGAUACAGAGUUAUGAAAAGUGAUUUUACAGCGACUGGGAACUCUUGUAUCAGAGAUCAAGCUGUUUCCUGAGGGUGUGGUUUAACAGCUUUACUUGCAGCACACCGAUUCUGUGCAAGUGCCUUACUGAGAUGCAUUCAGUUCCUGGCGACUUAGUCAUCCAUGAAUGAAUGUCUCUUGUCCCUGUAUGAUUUGAGGUAAUUUCAUUAAACUAUCAUUCUGCUGAGCUUCAUCUCACGCACAAGUUUCUCAAAUCACAGCUCACCAAACACUGGACAAUGCACCGAAGUUCAGGCAAUAGGCAGCCAUUCAGCCCCUUGGGCCUGCUUUUCAUCUGUCCACCAUGACUCCAAGUCCCUCAAUACCCUGUCACAGCAAAGAUCUAUCUAUCACGUGCUCAAAAGCUCCACAUGUUUCCUCGUAGUGGGCAAAAGAGAGAGGGAUCCAGAUUUUCACUGAUCUGUCGAGAAAACAAAGUAGGAAGGGUUUUCAACACUCUAAGUUGGGGGACUGAUCUAUUUGCACUCUUGGCUUGUUGUUUUGUUCUGUACUGUCCAUUGUUGAGAAUAUAGUGACACUUAUUCUGUGCUGGAUGUUGUGUCAUUCGGAGGUGCUGAGCCCAACUCCAUGUAGGAACCUUAUUGUUUUUCUUCCUCAACGUUUCUCCAAAUAUUUGUUUUCAAAAUGAAAAAAAGUCCUCAACUUUUUUUAGAAUAAUUAUGCAAUAAGGUGUGUGAACUGCCAGAAGCCAAGAGCUUGUGUGUCUAGCCUUCGUUUAAUCUUGAUUUUUUUCCGUUUUAAUGUAUUGUAACUACGGCUAAUUGGAGAAGUUUGUGAAGUUGCUUUUAUCUGUGAUAUUUAAUGCAAUUAUGCCAAGUUUUUUUUUUGUGGUGCCUUCCCCGUUUGUUCCAUCCACACCUAGUCAGUCCUUGCUGUAAUGUGUGUUGGUGAUUAGCACUGAAUUCCUGUUUAGCUGUAGCGCAGUGAUGGCAAGAACAGCAAGAGCAAACGACAAGGAUAUCCAUGACUGUGUGUGCGCCUGUGUUCCUUUCAUUUAAGAUUUUGUAUUUUUAAUGAUUUAAUUAUGUCUGUACAAAACUGUUUAAAACUAAAGUUCUUUUUAACAA